CCAACAGCCCUAGAAGGAAUUCACCUGUCAUGUCCAUUCAUGUCAUUUUGUAACAAAAAAAUUGAAUUCCUAAGUUUGUUGUGGAGGAGGGGGAAGUUGUUACUUACAAGCUAGAUUCGUACAGCAAGGUGCAAGUUCGUGAUAAUUAAUUAUGUAGAUUAUCAUUCCUAUUGUUCACAUUGUACCUACUGUGAAACAUAGUAAGCAAUAACUUUUUCUCAUGGACGGGGAAGAAAGUUACUUGUGAAAGGUGCAUAAUAUAUUGAAUCGUCAUCAAUUUAGAAUACUAUGAGUUGAAAAAAUACUAAUUAAAAUUCAUUAAAACAGUUUUUGUAAUUAUACGCGUGAACUUUAAACUCUAUGUCUGGAUUUCAAACUCGCGAUACGAUGCCCAAGGUGGGGCAUGUAACUGACCUCCGUGAGCAGUGGUUGGUGCGUGCUGAUGGCGCAUUGGCACAUCGUCUUCAGGAUCGUGAGAUCUCAUCGCAUCUUUGUGAGAACAGGUAUCGUAAUCAGCAAAUACGAGAAGACUUUCCUGUAGCACUCAGUGAACAACAAGAUAUUGAACAUGAGGUGAAAAUGCGCGAGUUAUCGCGUCGUAGACAAGCUGAAAUAGAUGCUGAGAUUGCGCGAGAGAUGGCGGAGAUUAAUAUUCGAAAACAGAGGCGUGAACGGCAAUCAGGGCAUACAGGAAUAACACAACCGAGUUCUUCAAAAAUUGUUGCUCCAUCUAUUUCAGAUAUCAACCUUGAUGAACUUGGUCUGUCUCCUUCAGAACUUGAAGAAAUGCGAAGACGUAUUGAACAAGAAGAAUAUGAUGCCAGACUUGCCAGACAGUUGAGCCAUGAAGUGGAUGGUCAAGAAGCCCUCCUUGCUGAUAUGAGAUGUGCAGUAGAGGCUCAAGAUGGUGAACUAGCUCGUUUGCUCCAAGAAAGGGAAUACAAAAAAUUACAAAGGGCAAAAGAAAAGGCUAGACAAAAAGCUUUGCUGAAAAAGCAGCAAAGACAAGCCCAAGAUGUUCCCCCUGAACCAUCACAAACUACACUCUGUGAUGCUUACAGUAAUCCAAGAGACAUGAUUCGUCAAAAUGGCUUAAGACUAUGUAAAUCUGUUGAUUCUGACCUGAACUAUGUUGAGCCGUUUGAAAAAGAGUGUAUACAGUCAAAAGCCAGUGCACUACAAACUCAUGAGUUAUCUAAACAGUACUAUGCACGAGGAGCUGGGACUUCUAGCUCAAAUGUUAACGUUUCACAUUCUCAUUCAAGAUCAUUUGAGGCUAAAGCUAAUUCAAAUACACCACUUCAUCAUAGGCACCCACCACCUCCACCAUCCACAAGUAAGAAGCCAAGAUUUCCUGACCCAGUAAGUAUACGCCCAGCUUCUCACUACCCAACAGAUAAUAUUGAAUCUUAUGAAGUAAAUACAUCAAUAGUGCACAGUGUUAGUGAAAAUAACAACUUAUACAGUUCUUCUUUAUCUUCUGAUAAUUUACCACCACCUCGACUAUCUUAUGAUAAAGGUGACCCAUCUAAGAGGCUGUCAGUGAUAUCCGAUAUAACUGCAGAGGGUCUUGCAAAGAAAAAGAAUAAGCAAGCUGAUUUACACAAGAAACGUCGUGGUUGUAAAAUUCAAUAAUACCUUUUGUGCAUUUCUAUCAUGUAUAUGUGAUUUUGCAGACUUGAAUCUCAUUAAAUUGUUGAUUUUGUAUUGGAUAUUUAUAGAAGCAAAUAUUUUCCUGAUUUGGUUAUAAGUUGUAACUUUCCUUUGAUCAAACCAUUUUGAGAUUUGGUUUGUUUGAUGGAAGUUUAAUUUUUAUUUGUAUAAAAAUAUCACUUUUCUGGAUUCAUAAUAGUUCAGAUAUGGAAACAAUUUAUUGAUUUAAUAAUCUUUUGAUUACAUUAUACAGAUAAUAUCACGAAAUCUAGCGUGUAAAUUCAGUUGUUGUCUUGUGUAAGUACCUGCAAACCAAUGAGCCAUUAUAAGCCUUCGAGAAUGUGCCUUAGCAUAGUAUUUAUAACACAUAUAUUAAUAUUUUUUAGAGACAGAGUAAAGGUUACGCACACACUAAUCUAUAAUAGUCAGUAAAGGUAAUGGCCGGACAAGCCAUUGGCAUAUUCUAAUGUAAAAGACUUAAUCGAUCUUUUCACUCAAUGUAUUGUGCAUUCCAUUUGUGUGAUUUAUUUCUAACAAAUUUUACUUAUAAUGUUCCAAACUCUAUUUUGGAUUGAACAAAAAUUUUAGUAGUAUAUUAAGUACCAUAAGUUAAAAUAAUGUAUAUUCACUGCUAUAAGUGCUCAAUUAUAAUAUAAGCUAUUUAAAUAACAUCAUUAAGACAUUUAAAUGUGUGAAUCUAAUAAGUAUAUGGGAAAGACUGAUUGCAAUUUUAAAUUAUUCAAUAUU